AUGACUUCACCUGCAGAGGAAGCUGCUUUCGAAAACUACCCUCUUCAACCUCCUCCAGCGGGGCAAACGUCAAAUUUUACUGAUCCUGAAUCUCGAGGGCCCACCAUUGUCAUCCUCUGUUCCGUCUUCAUUGGCCUCAUGUGGCCAAUACUCAUAUUGAGGCUUUACAGCAAAGUGUGGGUGAUUCGUAAAUUUGGGUGGGAUGAUGGUAGGAGCUCGGGAUUCUAUUCUCCAUACCUUUGCUUACAUGCCAGCGUAGCAUCCGCCUUGCUUGCUGCAGUAGGCAAUACAGCUUUCGCAGCGUCCGCGAUAUGGUGUAUACAUGACAAGGUUUUUGGGCCACAUGAGUGGGACGUCCGAGCCAUAUUGCUUACGUCCGACGUAGCCAAGGUGCAAGUUCUUGGAUCAGGUGCAAUUCUCUAUUCUCUGAACAUGUUCUUUGCCAAAUUGGCCUUGUUCCUUCUAUACCACCGCCUCUUCGCCCUCAACCGCUGGACAAGGAUCGCGAUCUACUUCGGUGUCGCUUUGAACGGUCUCUUCUAUCUCGCAUCGUGUAUUACCCUUGUCAUUCUUUGCAUUCCUAGGCAAAGAGAGAAUUGGGCAUCACCGACAUACGCAGCUCGAUGCUAUCGCGCAGAAGUCACGGGCGUUAUCCAAGGCAUCUUUGGUCUGUUAUCAGAUAUAUAUAUCUUCAUUCUACCACUUCCAGUCCUGUUCAGGCUACAGAUGUCACUCAAGAAGAAAUUAGGAAUUACUGCGGUAUUCUUUACAGGAUUGAUUGCGAUUGCCGCCAGCUCCAUUGGUCUGUAUUUCCGUAUUCCCGAGUCGGUAAAUUCGGAUCUUACUUGGAAUGAACCUCCGGCUUCAGGGAUGGCUGUCGUGGAAGCAACGGCUGGUGUCAUUUGUGGCUCAGUGCCGCAUCUUCCAGCACUCUUCCGCCGAUAUUCUCCCCAGUUCUCCUGUAUCACCCAUCUUCUACGCUUAAGUUACAGGAGUAGAUUCAAGAAAAGAGAUGCAAAUCAGUCACCUGAUACCAGGACUGCUUCGUCUAAGAGACCAACGCAGCAGAAGCUCCAAGUAGACACAGAGGUUCUGGGGUCAAUCAAGGGGGAGGGAAAAUUUCUCAAAUCAGGAAGGUUCUCAAGGAUCUGGGGCAACAGAUCUCCGACAGCACUUACCAGGAGAGAGACAAUUAUAGACAACUCCGGCCCAACAAGGCGUGAUUACUACGAGAUGGGAGAACUUUCCAACCAAGUGAGCGAGCCCGAGAGUUCCUCGGGAGAUGCACCUUCUCACCAGACAUCUCAACUUCCGGCGCAUAAGCCAGAGGCCCCAGAGCAAGCUACCGUUGGCGAGCCAGCAACUCGACCCGGAUACUGGGAUAUGUUGAGCAUCUUCCGUUCGACCAAAAAAGACUCUACACACCCAUCUGGAACAUAUCUAGGAUCUCAAUCUGGUCAUAGAUAG